AUGACGACCGGCUCCAGUGUGCGCGCUGGAGUCUCUCCCGCCCCCUCGCCCACGCCCACACCAACUCCCACUCGCACUCGCACUUCCACUCGCAGCCAUGGCCGCAGUGAUACAUCGCCCGACAGCCCGCAGCAGCCCAACAAGGCGCCCGCGACGGGUGUGCAGGCCGCUGGUAUGCGUGCCGUAGCUGCUCGCAUGGUCGCCUUUUACUUUCGAGCCCCUGUCAAGGCCUUUUUCCGCGGUCGCAUCGACUACAUGGGCUAUGCGAGGGCCAUCAAUCCUUAUGUCGCUGCCAACGCAAGCUGGUCGUGGAGGAUGACUACGCCUGCCGUCCUGGCGCAUGCCAUACGCACGAAAGGAUGGGCCUUCAUACCGAACCAGGUGCUACCGCCGUUGAUGGCCAACACUUGCAUCGGUGCAGUCCUCUACACGGCCUACCUCCACAGCCUCUCCUCGCUGCAUGAACCCUCCUCCUACCAGACCAAGCGCAUCUACCCCCCACCAUCUCCGUCAGUCACCUUCACUGCUGGCCUGAUAGCAGGCGGGUUUCAGUCUAUCGUUGCCGCACCCUUCGAUGCCCUGCAAACCCGCUUCCGCACCGCCGACAUCCUCGAUGGCAGAUACAAGACCAUGUGGCAUUUUGCAGGCCACAAGCUGCGUUCUCUCGGUCUACAGGGCAUAUUCGCAGGCUGGACUCUGAGUCUCUUCAAAGACGCUUUCGGCGCCGCAGUCUUCUUCGGAACCUUUGAGACUGUCAAGAGUCAAGCAUAUUACGAAUACGUCACCCAUUACUACGGCAGUCGGACGCGUGACGCCCUAGUCGAGAAAGGCGCUCAGUACCACGGCGACGACGAUGACCGGCCUGUCAUCAAGCCCCAUUUCGCCUUGGAGCCUGCAUUUCUCCUCUUGGCAGGCAUAUCUGCGUCCAUCACCUCGCAACUCAUUCAACAUCCCCUCACCGAGAUCCAAGAGGUACACUACCGCCGCCUGGAAGCCCUCGACUUCCAGGCACUCCAAGAGAACAAGCCUUCGCAAAUCAUGCGCCGAUACUACCACGCCUAUGAGGAGACCUUUGCCCAGUGCAAGAUACUAGCCAAGAGAGCUGGUGGGUGGAGAAGAUACCUCUACAAAGGCUUCGUCAUGGGCACCAUUCGGCAGGUGCCGAGUACAAGCGCUGGCUUGAUCGUGUUUGAACUCGUUCGGCGGAAGUAUUCGUGGGAAGGCGAGGAGGUCAUGAUCAACAAAGAGGAUGCAAGAAUUCUGCUAAAUUGA